AUGUUCAACUUGGAAGAAAAGAUUCAAGGUAGCAAACUCCUUAAAGAAUUAAAAGGAGAAAAGGAUCUUCCUUGGGUUGCUGGAGAAAAUGAACGCUUUAAAGGUAUGACUUUUAAAGAUGCUAGUGUUAUAUCUGGUAAUGCUCACAAACUAAGGCCAGAUACCAUUCCUCUUGCCAGGCCGCCAAAAAUUAACAUAUCUAUCCCAAUGUCAUAUAAUUUCACAGAAAGAUUUCCACAAUGCGAUUUCGGAGUUCUUGAUCAAGGCAAGUGUGGCUCAUGUUGGUCAUUUGCAGUGUCUAAGUCUUUCUCUCACAGAUACUGUAGAAAAUAUAAUAAGCCAGUUCUUUUUUCCCAAAGCCAUUUAGUUGCUUGUGACAGAAGAAACUCAGGAUGUGGCGGUGGAAUAGAAGUCAACGCAUGGAGAUAUAUUGAUCUUAGAGGUCUCCCACUUGAUUCUUGCCAGCCAUAUGAUGGAAAUAUAACGAAAUAUAAUUGCUCAAAGAAAUGCACAAAUGAGAGUGAAACUUACGAAGCGCAAUUCACUGAAUAUUGGUCUGUUGCUAGAUACGCUUCAAUAGAAGAGAUGCAGAUUGGAAUAAUGACAGAAGGUCCUGUAACAACUUCUUUGAAAGUUUAUAGCGAUCUGAUGUAUUAUAAAAGUGGCAUAUAUACCCAUACAAAAGGAGAAUUCCUCGGUCACCACGCAGUAGAAAUAAUUGGCUGGGGAACGAAAAAUGGAAUAGAUUAUUGGAUUAUUUCUAACUCAUGGAAUACUACAUGGGGAAUGAAUGGUCUCUUCUUGAUAAAGCGCGGUGUUAAUGAAUGUCAUAUUGAAGACUAUGUUUGCGCAGGAAAAGUCAAAUAA